AGAAGAUUGGAUUUCCGAGUGCCCUAUUAUAUACAAUGAAGAUGAUAAAUUUUAUAUUCGAGUGUAGAAUUAUAGCGCAUAUUCAAAUAAAAAAAAAAAGCUUAGUACAAAUACUUAAGUAUUUUUAGGAUGAUUAAAUUUGAGGUUAACAUCUGAACAGAUUGUGAGCGGACGUAGGUUUAAAAGGUUAAUGUAAACAAGGAAGUUUUAUACAAUAAUUUGAUGGAUAUUUACAGCAAGAACGGAAGGCGGACUUGAAUUAAGAUCCAGUGAGAGACCAGCGAAGAUGAUUGCUUCCGGUUGUUGUGGCUGUUGCGGUUACAAGCAAAGGCGUAAUCUGCAGCGACAGGCCACUGUAGCACAGGAGGAAAGUUUCAAACUUGAAAUGGAACAUCUGUUUGAAAAUCAUGGCAAUGAAGGUAUCAGAUUGGCUGAGCUGGAAACAGAACUGGCAGAAUCAGACCUCGGCACUGUUAUACCCAGAAAGAAACUACAGAAGCUGCUGACUAAAGCAGAUACAGACAGAAACUCAUAUAUCACCUACGCUGAGUUUAUGAAUAUGUACUUCACGUCGAGCCAGCUGACAAAGUCUGAGAAAACAGCCAUGAGAAGAUUUGUUGGAGCUGCCAUCUACAAUAUCAUUCCAAAGUUCAUGAGGGAGGAUUUUCUGCGGAAUUACACGUGUAGACCUCCGCCUAUCUUCAUGGUGAUCAUCAGUAUUUUAGAGAUUUGUGCCUUCAUAUAUUUUUCCGUUGUUAUAUCCCGGAAAGGCGGAAGUGUCACUGCUUUUGCUGGUUUGCCUUUAUACGAUCCACUGACGUACAAACCUCACAGGAGAUACGAGGCCUGGAGAUAUCUAACCUACAUGUUUGUUCAUCAAGGGUAUGUCCAUCUACUAAUUAAUUUAUUAUUUCAACUGUUACUUGGUCUGCCAUUAGAGAUUGUACAUAAGUGGUGGAGAUUGAUGAUUAUUUAUUUUUGUGGAGUGAUUGGGGGCUCCCUAGCUCACUCAGUGACAGACUAUAAUGUUAACCUUGUGGGGGCAAGUGGCGGGUGCUAUGCAAUCAUUGGUGCUCAUCUGGCUUCAGUAAUAGUCAACUGGAAAGAGAUGAAUUAUAAAUGCAAGGAGUGCGAGAAUCCUAUCCGAGUGAUGGCAAGUGCACCAUUUCGACUGGUCAUACUGCUGUUGUUAGUGGCUUUGGAUACAGGAACUGCUGUGUACAGACGAUUCUAUGAUCCAGAUGUCGGAAAAGUUGGGAUAUCUGCUCAUGUUGGUGGGCUUCUAACUGGUCUGAUGUUGGGUAUAACAGUCAUGAAGAACAUAAAUAUUCUCUCAUGGGAGAAGAAAGUUGGGUGGGUCGCGCUGUCUGUGUAUAUUGCUGCUGUGAUUUUCUGUAUUCUCUUUAACGGCCUUUAUAAACAGUACCCUGAAACUGAUUGGUCGCCAUGCUGCUGACAUUAAGAGUUUCUCACCAUCCUACAGGUCUUCGAUUGGUUGACCGACAGAAAUAUCAGACGGUCGUCAUGACAUAGUGACUUUCCAGCUAAAUUUCAAAACGUGAUGGUUGCUGUAAUGAUGGUGUCGAUACUCUGGUCGUCAUGCCACUGACGCCCCUUGACCAUACAGUUGAAACAGGCCAUGUAUUACUGGCAUUGAGACUGACUAAUUUUCACGUAAAUGAUCACUUGAUAGAACUGACUAUAAUUGGUUUAAACAACAUUUUAUUCAUAUAAUAAUUAUAUACAUUUACAACAUGAAACGCUACAUAAUUAAAUCAUAAAGGAUUGAGUAGAAAGCCAAGCUUAAUUGAAACUCUCUCCUACGGACUAUAAUUAUGCUACAGACGUAGUACUCAAAGUAUCACAGUCACCUUCAAGCUAACGUCUAAAUAUUUGUCGCUGGCGUCGUAAUGUGUAAAUACUGUUGAAAAAUGGCGUUAAACCCAAAACAAACAAACAAACAUCAGCUUCUUUACUGCUGGUCCUUUUACAUUUCCUUUCAUCUUCUCGUAAACAUCGUCAUCAUGCAGUUGACUUCUAAAUAUUUUUAAAUACAGUCGUCUCUUAAAGUAUUGACGCAUUAGGUACAAACUAAGUAAGACUGUAUACCUCAGUCGUAUUAUAUUUUAUGCAUAUUGAUGAAAUUAAUGUGUUUUAUCAGUGAAUUGUUGUCAAUAUCUUUCACACAUUAGUUUUGGUUGGGUUUUUUUGGUUUCUUGUCCAUAUAUUAGCAUAAAGUAAAAGAAAAUUUGUUAGGCUUUUUAGAAAUUUGAAAUGUAUCUUGUAAAUGUAUAUUUCUCAGUCCGUUACAUUCCUUAUUCACAAAAAUUAAACAAAUUUUCCCCAGUAAAUUUACAUUCCCGCUACAAAAAGAAAGACGUUAUUUUUGCUGCCUGUCUGAAUGUUCCGCUGUCAUCAUGAGACAUGACAACCUAUAUUGACCUUUUGGUUGCUAGGGUCAACAUUUUCACAUACAAUCUAGUUUUGUGUGUCAUACUGACAGCCUUGCCAGCUCCUUUUGCGUUUAUUCCAUUACUAUUUUUAUGGUUCGACACCCAUAAUUUUAUAUAUGCAAAUCAAAAUAAUUAUCAUAAUUCUGUUAUAACAUUUCAGAUAAUAUGUAUAUAUAUAUAUAUUUAUAUAUAAUGCUCAAAUAUUAUUUUCAGAUUAAUAUUAAAAGAUAUCGUGUUAUA